AUCUCCCCCUUCAGCUUUCCUUGGAGUUUUCCAUGGGUUUUUUUUUCUCCUUCCUGGGGAAUGCCUGCUCUUGUCUUCAUUACUUUCCAAGGGAGCAGACAUGUACGCAGGUGAAAGGUGGAUGGCGCCAAUUUUGUUUUGGCAGCCAGUGGGAUCUACUCCAAGUGGAUGGAGGGACCAAUUUACCUGCUGCUUUUUUUGCCAGACUCUGACAUAUGGACACCUGAGGAGAAGGAGUCCUUCGAAAAGGCUUUUCACACCUAUGGCAAGGAUUUUCAUCUCAUCCAGAAGCAGGUUCAGAGCAAGGCUGUGGCACAGUGUGUGGAGUACUACUACACCUGGAAGAAAGAACAUAAACUUGCCAAAAGUCUUGCUCAGGUGAGUGGGAAGAAAAUCAAGACAAGGCCGGAGGGUGGAGAAACUGGGAGAAGGGGACAAAACCUGCUGGCAAGCCUGGGAGGCACCGCUCUGCCAGGAUCACAUUGUCCCGUACACUGGAAAGGCGCAGCAGAUGCUGCCCAGGCCUUGAUCAUCAAACAUCAAAACAUCAAAACAUCAGUAAUCCUGGCUGCGCUCGUGGAGAUUCUGCAGAUGUUCAGGGACCUUUUGUAGCAUCCCAGUGUACUCCCCAAAAAGGAGCUGCCCGUGCUGUGGCUCUGCUGAAACUUUCCUUACUGACAAACCAGAAUUUGCUUCACAGACACUGAGAGAGAGAGAGAGAGAUUAGUUUGGGCAGUAGAAACUGGGUAACCAUGUGUCUUUAGGAAUUUGGCUGAAUUUAAAAGUCAUUCCCUAGACAGGGAGGCA